AUGACCGGGGCAGCGGAAAGGGGGCGACUGGGCAGCUGUGGAGCUCGUGGAUGUGUGUGUGUCGCAGAAUGUAGGUAAGAAAAAUGCCCCGGGUUGCUUUGCAAGCUUCCGGAAAUUGCCCUCGUGCCUGCAAACACACACACACACACACACACACACACACACACACACAAACACGGCAAACUUUUUAGCUUUCUAUUUUGUUGGGCGGAGGGAGACGAAUACCAUUUGUUUGUUUUCCAAGUGCAAUCUUUAUCGGUUUAAAAUCAACCUAUAUACACACACAAAGAAAACUUAGGGAAAGAAAAAGAGAGAGGGGAUGGGAAGGGGAAACAGAACGAAAGAAAAACAGCACAUCUCUUGCAAACAAAAAGAAAACAGCACAUCACGAAUACACAAAAAUAUCAUAGCCAUCAACUUCUGAGUUUCUGGAUAUGGGUUUUUUGUUUCCUUAAUUGCUUGCCUCCAUUUAUCAAUGGGAGAUAAAUGUCUCAGGUGGCUGGUGCUUGGGGGGCAAGCCCCACCCCACCCCACCCCAGUUUUGUAGGGCAGAGUCCCUGGUCAGGACCACAGUUCCCAGAAUUCCCUGGGAAAGAGGGGCUGGCUGUUAAACCAAACUGGGGAUCGGGGGAUAACUUCAAACUCCAGUUCCCAGGAAUCUCUAGGGGAAACCGUGACUGUUUAAGGCAUGGGUAGGCAAACUAAAAGGGGCAUGGGUGGCGCUCUGGGUUAAACCACGGAGCCUAGGACUUGCCGAUCAGAAGGUCAGCGGUUCGAAUCCCCGCAACGGGGUGAGCUCCCGUUGCUCGGUCCCUGCUCCUGCCCACCUAGCACUUCGAAAGCACGCCAGGGCAAGUAGAUAAAUAGGUACCGCUCUGGCGGGAAGGUAAACGGCGUUUCCGUGCGCUGCUCUGGUUCGCCAGAAACAGCUUCGUCCUGCUGGCCACAUGACCCGGAAGCUGUACGCCGGCUCCCUUGGCCAGUAAAGCGAGACGAGCGCCGCAACCCCAGAGUCGGCCGUGACUGGAUCUAAUGAUCAGGGGUCCCUUUACCUGGUUUAGCUGCCCUCACCUGGUUUAGCUAGCCAGUCAAAGCCGUUCCCAGGUGUGGCCGCUGUCUCACGCUGACGGCUUCUAGGAGCCGCAGGUGAGAGAAGAGUUCAGGUUAGGGGCCAAAGGUGGAGAAAUUGACCCUAGAAGGAGCAGAGAUACUGCCCCUCCCCUAACACCCUAUAUAAAUGUGUGGGACUGCCUUUGAAGGUGACCUGGAAACUACAACUAAUCCAGAAUGCGGCAGCUAGACUGGGGACUGGGAGCGGCCGCCGAGACCAUAUAACACCAGUCCUGAAAGGCCUACAUUGGCUCCCAGGAUGUUUCCGAGCACAAUUCAAAGUGUUGGUGCUGACCUUGAAAGCCCUAAACGGCCCAGUAACCCUGAAGGAGCAUCUCCACCCCCAUUGUCCAGCCCGGACACUGAGGUCCAUCUCCCGAGGGCCUUCUGGUGGUUCCCUCCCUGAGAAAAGUGAAGUUACAGGGAACCAUGCAGAGGGCCUUCUCAGUGGUGGCGCCCGCCCUGUGGAACACCCUCCCACCAGAUGUCAAGGAAAUAAACAACUACCUGACUUUUAGAAGACAUCUGAAGGCAGCCCUGUUCAGGGAAGCUUUUAACAUUUGACGUUUUAUCAUGUUUUUAAUAUUCUGUUGGGAGCCACCCAGAGCGGCUGGGGAAACCCGGCCGGAUCGGCGGCGUAUAAAUAAUAAAUCGUUAUAAUAUUAUUGUGAUAAUAAUCGCACAGCCUUUCCGACGAGGCUCCAUUGCAGAUUUCUUAGGAAGGCGUUCCAUGGCUGGCUGCAAAGAAUCGUAAUAAAAACCCGACCCGAGUCAAAAACAGUGGUCUGUAAUAAACAGUGACGCACCGCUGGCUUCAAAAGAACACAUCUAUAAUGAAACCUCUGGAACGAGGACCACAUGAGCUCAUUUCUGGUUUUACUGCCUCUUCUCAUUCUUCCCAAAUUCCGUCCAAUUUUAGCAGCCUAAACCAGCAAAGGCUACCGUGGAAGGCUUCCCAAAACCAACAACAAUAAAAUAAAAUAUUUUUGUAUUUUUUUGAAAGAAAGAAAGCUCUCCUGAUAAUCUUCCAGCUCUGCCCGACUUGACCAGAUUCCCCCGUUUCUCUUAUUUCCCUCGGUCAAGACUUCGCUGUCCAAAAAGGUCCCUCAGCCAACAGGAGCGAGAGAAACAGCCUCCUAUAAAGACCUGCUUUUUCCAAUGCAGCUCCAGUUUCAAAGAGACCUGCGAGAAGGGACGACACCGGACCCCUGAGUCUCCUGUGUGUCCGAACCUGGGAGGAGGAGAAAAAAGAAGAAAGAAAGCGUGCGAGGAAUUCGAACCCGAGGCCGGAGAGAUGGAGGGCCGGAAGGUGGAGGUUUUCCUCUGCUUGGUGCUUUUCGGCUGCGUGGCGGCUCAAGGUAAACGCCUUUUUUUUCCUCCCAGUUUCCGGCCGUCGAAUCGCAGGGCCACCCCAGAGGACAUCUAGCCUGACCCCCCCCUUUCGGAGCAGGAAUGAGGUGGCGAGGGGGCAGAAAAUAGGGGCAGAUGUGACCGGUUCACAGAGCCACAAAUACGAAAAGUCCCUCCAAAUCUGCCCCACUUUGAAUACCAGGAUGAUUCCUAUAAUUGGAUGGUUUGACACAUGGAAAAGAGAUUUAUUCAAAUUUAUAUGGCAGGGUAAGAGGUCCCAUAUUAAAUAUAAGUUGACCGCCGACCUUCUGAUCAGCAAGUCCGAGGCUCUGUGGUUUAACCCACAGCGCCACCCGCAUCCCCUAUAUAAAUAUAUAAAUUCAUAUAAAUAUAAAUAUGUUACUUCCUGAUAAAAGAGAAAGGGGGGGAUUUAGUCUCCAGGAUCUAAAAUUAUAUUAUGAGGCACCCCCCCAAAAAAUAGAAAUGCGAUCUAGGAAAUUCCCUCUUUUAGUUUAUUUUUUUGGGGGGUGCACUCCUGCGGGGAGGGAGAAGAGUAUAUUUUUUGCGAAAACGGCUGUGCAUUUGGGUUACAGCCCAUUCAAUCCUACCUGUUGAAAUCCGCAGGUUUCAGUUGACGGUGUCUGUUCUUUCCAAUGGGUCUACUCUGAGUAGGGCUAGCGCUCGAUUCGGCUCCUUAUAAUGGGGAGGGGGAAUUCUUUGCGGAAAUUUUAUUUCCCCCUUGUGCAAAAUUGCUUGGAGAACUUGUGUGUGUCUUUUUGGGGGGGUGUCGUGUGCGAAUUUUGUGCGAUUCGAGAGGGUGGGAGUCACACCUUCGUGGGGAGACAAAGCAAACUGAAGCUUUAAGACCUGACAAGGGGGAUUAAUAAUAAUAAUAAUAAUAAUAUUCUGCUCCCGACAGAAUAUUAAAAGCUCGAUAGAACAUCAAACGUUAAAAACUUCCUGAAACAAAUCCAGAAAAGACUGGAUUUGAAUCAGACUUUGGGGAGGAAAAUUUCCAUACAAAGGGGGGCAGAUUAUUUUCGUGCCCUCCCCUCCGAACCCCAACAGCUACACACAAAAAUUCACACAAAAAUUCACCGACAACAGGGACCAAAAUACUAAGGGAAAUGUGUGAAUGUUGUGUCUGAGCUGUGAAAUCUCUCCCUGAAAUUCAAGGAAGCGAAGACUUUUUCUUUUUCUUUUAGAACCUACCUUCUUUCUGCGGUAAUAAGCUGUGGUGAACUUUUUACACCCUACGCCCUUUUAAAAUGUGUGUUUUUUGUGGGGGGGGGGCGGGCUAUUGGGUUGUUGUUGUUGUUUAAUUCUUAUUAUGUAUUUUGUGGGGGGUUUUUAUAUCUUGAUUUUGUUCUGUGAACCCCCUGAGGACCACCCCCCCCAGGUAUAGGGCAGUAUAUAAAUUUAAUAAGUAAUAAUCUAUAUAUCUAUAUCUCUAUCUCUAUCUCUAUCUCUAUCUAUAUCUAUAUCUAUCUAUAUCUAUCUAUCAUCUAUCAUUUAUAUCUAUCUCUAUCUCUCUAUCUCUCUAUAUCUAUCUAUCUAUCUAUCAAUCAUCUAUCUAUCUAUCUAUCUAUCUAUCAUCUAUCUAUCUAUCUAUCUAUCUAUCUAUCUAUCUAUCAUCUAUCUCUAUCUAUCUAAUCUAUCUAUCAUCUAUCUCUAUCUCUAUCUAUCAUCUAUCUAUCUCUCUAUCAUCUAUCUCUUUAUCUAUCAUCUAUCUCUAUCUAUCAUCUAUCUCUAUCUCUAUCAUCUCUUUCUCUCUCUCUCUCUCUCUAUCUCUAUCUCUCUAUCUGUCUAUCAUCUAUCUAUCAUCUAUCUAUCUAUCUAUCUAUCUAUCUAUCUAUGUCAUUACACACACACAUUGUGUUUAAUUGCUGUAUAACCUGCCCUGGGACCUUAGGGCGAAGGGCAGGGAAUUAUCACAGAACUUUAUCAUACCAUCGUUGAGUUGCGUCGCAUUCAGGAUUCGAACCUGCAACCUUGGCAUUCACCAUGCCUUAACCCACUGUUUCUCGGCCUUUUCGUGGCCCCCUUUCCGAUCUCAUUUCCUCCUCUCCCCCCCCCCCCGGUCCUACCAGCAGAAAGCUAGCUGUUUUGCUUGUAAAUAGAAGCUUUAUAAUUUCAUAUAAUCAUAUAGUCAUAUAAUUUCGCCUGCGGCCCCCGUGGAAUAUCUGGGUGUCUGCGGGGGGCCAUAUGGCUGAGAAACACUGCUCUAACCAACUCAGACUAGAUCCGAAUGCUAAAAGAGACCCAAGGUAUCAUUUAUUCUAACCCCCUGCAGAAUAAUAAUAAUAAUAAUAAUAAUAAUAAUAAUAAUAAAUGAAUAAAUUGCGGGGGGGGGGGGAGUUUCCUGCCUCCCCAUAAUACUGGGGUCAUGUGAUGAAAUCCUCAGGUAAUAGAUUCAUCCCGGACUGAUGGAAGGACUUUGUGGAUCGGCGGAACUCCUUGCCACUGGAAGUGACGAUGAGAGCCUUCAACGCAGCCGGCUCUUUUUAAAAAAGGGUUUAAAUCAUAGAAUAGAAUAGUUGGAAGGGAGCGCGAGGGUCAUUUAAACCAAUCCCCUGCAAAGCAGGGAUCUCUUGCCCAAAGUGGGGCUGAUUCGAAUCCGCAACCCUGAGAUUAAGAGUCUCACGCCCUCUACUUUGCAGGGAGGGGAAAUGGGUCCGUUUGCAUAUUUGCUCCCGGCGCAAAUCUCAGUCACGAAGAGAGCUUCAGAUGGUGGGGUUUGCCUUCAAAGUUUAAAUCGGUAUUUCCGUUCCAAUAUCAGUGCAAUUUCUGAGUCUGGUCAAUGCCCAGUACAGGAAUUAUUCUGAAUUAUUCCUUCCGUCUCCUCUGGGAAUAUAGAAGAGGAGAAGAAUCUUGAUUUGCAUCAGCAACUAGCCAACGAAAUAAAACGUACUGAAGAUGGAGAUAAAAAACUAUAGAAAACACAUUUUUGGGGAGGCGUGUUUUGCAUCUAUAACCAAAUAAUAUAUCUUAUUCUAAUCGCCCCUGCUAAAAACCUUGCAGUUUUUGCUGUCGCCUGAUCAUGUUGAUCUGCUAAAAGAAAAGACCCAGUGCAGGAUAUAUAUUCCACCUCUUUUUUCUAGCUUUCCAAAAACAUGCAGUCGAAAACAUCCUGGGGCAAAACAGAAAAAAUGGGAAGAAUUUAAUACAUACUACUGUUCUUUACUGCCAUCACAGACCAUCCCAGUGUCCUGAUUUUCCAGGGACAAUCCCACAUUUAUAGAAGUUUCUGAUUUGAUCCCAGUCAGAUGGGUGGGGUAAUAAUAAUAAUAAUAAUAAUAAUAAUAAUAAUAAUAAUAUUUCCCCACAUACAGCUUCAAUAGAUGUCCACUAACUCAGAUGUUAGGAGGGAGGGAGAAAAUUUUUUCUCUGACCAUUAAUAAUAAUAAUAAUAAUAAUAAUAAUUUAUACCCCACCCAUCUGGCUGGGUCUCCCCAGCCACUCUGGGCAGCUUACACCACAUGUGAAAACUCAGCAAAACUCAGUUUGAGUACCAAGGCGUUGGGGAACCAAGGUAUCACUGUAUUCUCAAACGGGAACGACGAAAACAUACAUAAUCGUGGGCGCAAGCCUUGCACUUCCACAGGUCUCUUUGAACGGGCUGUUGCACCUUUUCCAACAGAUCCACCGGCGAAGAACCAAUCGCGCCCAGCCAAGGAACAGAAGAAGAGAGAGAGCGCCCGUUCAAGUUUCGACGCGGGAAUGGUUGGUAGGUCAUUUUGUCCUGGAAAUACUGAUUUAUCUACGAGGGUUUGGGGGGGGGGGGGAAGGCCGGAGAAGAUUUUGCAAGAAACGAGCAGAUCGUUCUGUCUCGCCGUUGCACCCGAUUCCUCCUUAAAGGGGUAAAGGGACCCCUGACCAUUAGGUCCAGUCGUGACCGACUCUGGGGUUGCGGCGCUCAUCUCGCUUUAUUGGCCGAGGGAGCCGGCGUACAGCUUCUGGGUCAUGUGGCCAGCAGGACUAAGCCGCUUCUGGCGAACCAGAGCAGCGCACAGAAACGCCGUUUACCUUCCUGCCGGAGCGGUACCUAUUUAUCUACUUGCACUUUGACUGCUAGGUUGGCAGGAGCAGGGACCGAGCAACGGGAGCUCACCCCGUCGCGGGGAUUCGAACCACCGACCUUCUGAUCAGCAAGUCCUAGGCUCUGUGGUUUAACCCACAGCGCCACCCGCGUCCUUAAAUUUGGUUUAAUCUGAUGCAUUUUCCAGCUCACUUCCCACUGCUACAGUUGCCCCAGGAUGCCCGUUCCACAUUUCUCAGAACCUAGACAUCGGAACUACCUGCCUCUUGACGUCAGGCGGAUGACUUCGCUGUCUCCUUUCUCGGUGCCUGCUAAAAACCUUGCGGUUUAGACAAGCCUACCCAGAUACUUAGGAAGCUGGCGAAAAUGACUAAAAUGUAUAGAGCAAUUUCGAUAAGUGUUGGAAGUGUAAAGAGAAGGAAGGUACUUUUUAUCCUCUAUGGUGGAAUUGUAAAGUACCGUAUUUUUCGCUCCAUAAGACACACCUGCCCAUAAGACACACCUAGUUUUUAGAGGAAAACAAGAAGAAAAAAAAAUUCUGAACGAAACAGUGGAUGUAUGAUUUUUGUGGUUCAUGCUGUGGUCACAGACAUGUGAUCUGAUGGUGAAUAUGGGGUAACCCAAUGCAAAAAUCCUGAGGAUCCAUGUGGAUCUGUGCUUUGUAACCACGUUUUUGCACCAUUGCAGCCCCAGGAAACAGCGGAUUCGUGUUUUUUUGGUUCAGGCUGUAGCCGUGGACAUGCUAUGUGAUCUGGUGGUGAAUUUCGGGUGAAUUUGGGUGACCCAAUGUAAAAAUCCUGAGGAUCCAUGGGCUUUUACCUCCCCCCUCCCAGGCAGCCUCCUUUACCUCUAGCAUCCCUUAUCUCGCUCCCGAUUGCUUGCCGAUCAGCUGCUCAGCGGCUUUGUUUCAAUUUCCCUCUUUCAAAAGCAUGAUCUGCUUUUCGCCCCUGGGCAAUUCGGGUCCAGGAACCACGCAUUCGCUCCGUAAGAUGCACAGACAUUUCCCCUUACUUUUUAGUAAGAAAAAAGUGUGUCUUAUGUUUUUUUUAAAAAAAUAAUUUUUAUUAAGUUUCACAUUUCACAACAAAAGAAAAACGGGGGGGGGGGACAAAAAGAAAAAAGACAAGAUCACAAAUAUAAACAAAAAAGAGAGUAGAAACAAAAUACUGGUAAACACCUAAACAACACAAAUUAAUUAAUUAUUUAAACUUCUAACCUCAUAAACAUAUUUUGGGCUUCCUCUGGACCCUCCCAUCUGAAUUUCCUUGUAAUUAAAAUGUAGCAGUUUUCUAAUAUCAUUUUUUUUAAAAAAACAACAACAACACAAUAUUCCAAUUAAAAUAAAAUUUCUUAACUUUCCUUAAAGUUCUAAAUCUUAUUUAUUUAAUUAACUCUUAAUUUAAUCCUAGGCCUAUUUUGGUACUUUCAAGUAAUUUCUAAUUUUUAAUAUCACAGUAUUUAUUCAAAUAGUCCUUCAAUUUCUUCCACUCUUCUUGUUACCGUAUUUUUUUGCCCUAUAGGACGCACUUUUCCCCCUCCAAAAAUGAAGGGGAAAUGUGUGUGCGUCCUAUGGGGCGAAUGCAGGCUUUCGCUGAAGCCUGGAGAGCGAGAGGGGUUGGUGCGCACCGACCCCUCUCGCUCUCCAGGCUUCAGGAGAGCCCCAGUGCCAGCCCCACAAGCUCCGGGGACAGCUGGGAGGCGGAACGCCGCCAUCCCGCUGUCUCCUGAUGUGGUUUGGAGGCUGACGGCGGGGAGACGCGUGCUUCUCCCCGCUGCCAGCCCCACAAGCUCCGGGGACAGCUGGGAGGCGCAGCGCGUCUUCCCGCUGUCCCCGGACCUGAUCUGAAUGCGGGCGGCGGGGAGAAGAGCGCUUCUCCCCGCUGCCGGCCCCACAAGCGCCGGGGGGGGGGGGGAAUAAUUUUUUCCCCUUUAUUUCCCCUCCAAAAAACUUAGAAUCAUAGAAUCCUAGAGUUGGAAGAGACCACAAGGGCCACCGAGUCCAACCCCCUGCCAAGCAGGAAACACCAUCAGAGCACUCCUGACAUAUGGUUGUCAAGCCUCUGCUUAAAGACCUCCAAAGAAGGAGACUCCACCACACUCCUUGGCAGCAAAUUCCACUGUCGAACAGCUCUUACUGUCAGGAAGUUCUUCCUAAUGUUUAGGUGGAAUCUUCUUUCUUGUAGUUUGGAUCCAUUGCUCCGUGUCCGCUUCUCUGGUGCGUCCUAUGGGCCGGUGCGUCCUAUGGGGCGAAAAAUACGGUAUUCCUCUUCUUUUCGGCCGCGGAUUCUUCCAGUAAGGUCAGCCAGCUCCGUAUAUUCCAUCAUUUUCAUCUGCCAUUCUUCCACCGUUGGUAGUUCUUGUGUUUUCCAUUUCUUGGCGAUUAAAAUUCGAGCAGCAGUUGCGCGUCUUACGGAGCGAAAAAUGCGGUAGUUAAAAAUGAUCGGGAAAGGAUAUGGGUUGCAUUCUGCUCACGUUGCGAACGGGCCUCUGGAACGGAUCCCGUUCACAACCAGAGGUAUCACUGGGGGGGGGGAGAUGGAGGAGGUCCCCCAGUUCAGAAGUGGAGGCACCGGCCUCUGCUAAACCCCAGCUCUCCUUUGCAGGAGAAUGGACCUCGUGGUUCAACGUGGACCACCCGGGAGGCGAAGGCGAUUUUGAGACCCUUGAAGCCAUCCGCUUCUAUUACCCGGAUCGCGUCUGCGCCCAGCCCUCCGCCAUCCAAGCCCGGACCACCGAAUGGGAACUGCCGGAGGAAGUUGGGGAGGUGGUUCACUCCAGCCCCCAGGAAGGCUUCCGGUGCCACAACCAGGAGCAGCCCGGGGGCAAGACGUGCUCCAACUACCACGUCCGGUUCCUCUGCCCCCCAGGUGAGAGCGCUAAGGUGGCCGGCCCUUGCAGGCAGGACCGCUCACCUGUCAAUCACAGUGACAUCUUGUGAUGGUCGCCAAGGCUUCGAAGCACCCUGGGUUGCGUUAGGAAUGUGUCAUGCUCAAUGGCAUCACCAGGCUCCUCUGGAGACCAGACCAGGUCUUGUUCUCCCGCCUAUCACUGAGCCCUGGAGACGGAGGUUAAUUGGGAGAGGGAGGAGGGAAGGGCAGACACCACCCCCUCCAACAUUUCUCCCCUGAAAAUAGGGACGUCCUAUUCCAUCCCCUCCAACGUUUCUCCCGUGAAAAUAGGGACGUCCUAUUCCAUCCCCUCCAACGUUUCUCCCCUGAAAAUAGGGACGUCCUAUUCCAUCCCCUCCAACGUUUCUCCCAUGAAAAUAGGGACGUCCUAUUCCAUCCCCUCCAACGUUUCUCCCAUGAAAAUAGGGACGUCCUAUUCCAUCCCCUCCAACGUUUCUCCCCUGAAAAUAGGGACGUCCUAUUCCCUCCCGUCAACUUUUUCUCCCCUGAAAAUAGGGAUGUCCUAUUCCAUCCCCUUCAACGUUUCUCCCUGAAAAUAGGGAUGUCCUAUUCCAUCCCUCCAAUGUUUCUACCUGAAAAUAGGGACGUCCUAUUCCAUCCCCUUCAACGUUUCUCCCCUGAAAAUAGGGAUGUCCUAUUCCAUCCCCUCCAACAUUUCUCCCCUGAAAAUAGGGACAUCCUAUUCCAUCCCCUCCAACGUUUCUCCCCUGAAAAUAGGGACGUCCUAUUCCAUCCCCUCCAAUGUUUCUCCCCUGAAAAUAGGGAUGUCCUAUUCCAUCCCCUUCAACGUUUCUCCCCUGAAAAUAGGGACGUCCUAUUCCAUCCCCUCCAACGUUUCUCCCAUUGAAAUAAGGACGUCCUAUUCCAUCCCCUCUAACAUUUCUUCUAUGAAAAUAGGGACAUCCUAUUCCAUCCCCUCCAAUGUUUCUCCUGUGAAAAUAGGGAUGUCCCAAGGAAAAGUGCGGUCAAAAUUCCGGGAUCGCAUCAGAAACUGGGACGGCUUCUGUAAAUCCUGGAAAAUAGGGACGCUCAGAGAUUGUCAGACUUCUCCAGAAAAUGCAUGCCAUAAUUUGCUGCUGGAUCCCACAGGGCUGACGCUUGCAGUCUUCGUGCUCCGUUUCUUCAUAAUAAAAAAUAAAAAUUAAACACACUACCUGGGGAUCAAACCCUCCAACAUGAGACUUCAGGAAGGUUUUUUUUCCCCUGGGGAGAGUUCCAACAGGCGGAUAGAGAGACCUGGGCUGAAUUUAGGAUUCCCAACUCCAUAUUUUAAAAAAGCAAUUGCAUUUUAAAGAUGUUUUCCCCACGCUAAAUAUCCUUUCCGCCUUCUUCUCUCCCCUCCUGGCUUCACAUCGCUUCGAAAGAUCCCACGGACUGGUUGGGGUGGUCAGCGUGGUCUUCCUGGAGCUCCUGUUCACGGACGGCCUGCGGAACGAACGGCGUCCAAACCAGACACCGGACUUGCUUGAACAGCUCUGCACCGGCCCUGGGGAAGCUAACUACGUGUCCUGGAAAACCUGCCGAGCGUCGGGCGUGCAGCAACGAACCUUGCCGAGGUAACGAGUGCGAAUCCUGGGGUUGGGUACCGCUGGGCAGGGCUGUGUUUGUUGUGGGCGUUCUGCACCCAAAGCAGCUGCUCUGUUCCUGAGCUAGCCUCCUGCCCCAUGCUUCAUUCUCUUAACGUCUGCCCUUCGGCCCUUGCCUAUCCACCACACCCUCCAACGUUUCUCCAAUGAAAAUAGGGACGUCCUAUUCCAUCCUCCAGUGUUUCUCCUGUGAAAAUAGGGACAUCCUAUUCCAUCCCCCCAACAUUUCUCCCAUAAAAAGAGGGACGUCCUAUUCCAUCCCUCCAACGUUUCUCCCGUGAAAAUAGGGACGUCCUAUUCCAUCCCUCCAACGUUUCUCCCCUGAAAAUAGGGACGUCCUAUUCCAUCCCUCCAACGUUUCUCCUCUGAAAAUAGGGACGUCCUUUUCGAGCGCCUCCAACGUUUCUCCCCUGAAAAUAGGGAUGUCCCAUUCCAUCGCCUCCAACGUUUCUUCCCUGAAAAUAGGGACGUCCUAUUCCAUCCCCUCCAACGUUUCUCCCCUGAAAAUAGGGACGUCCUAUUCCAUCCCCUCCAACGUUUCUCCCGUGAAAAUAGGGACGUCCUAUUCCAUCCCCCCAACAUUUCUCCCAUAAAAAGAGGGACGUCCUAUUCCAUCCCCUCCAACGUUUCUCCCCUGAAAAUAGGGACGUCCCAUUCCAUCCCCUCCAACGUUUCUCCCGUGAAAAUAGGGACGUCCUAUUCCAUCCCCUCCAACGUUUCUCCCGUGAAAAUAGGGACGUCCUAUUCCAUACCCUCCAACGGUUCUCCCAUGAAAACAGGGACGUCCUAUUCCAUCCACUCCAACGUUUCCCCCAUGAAAAUAGGGACGUCCUAUUCCAUCCCCUCCAAUGUUUCCCCCAUGAAAAUAGGGACGUCCUAUUCCAUCCCCUCCAACAUUUCUCCCAUGAAAAUAGGGACGUCCUAUUCCAUCCCCUCCAACGUUUCUCCCGUGAAAAGAGGGACGUCCUAUUCCAUCCCCUCCACCGUUUCUCCCGUGAAAAUAGGGACGUCCUAUUCCAUCCCCUCCAACAUUUCUCCAAUGAAAAUAGGGGCGUCCUAAGGAAAAUUGGGACCAAUUCAGAAACCGGGACGGCGUCUGUCAAUCCGGGGAAAUAGGGACAUUCAGAUGUUCUGCACCUCCUUCUGGAAUUUGCAAAAGUCCAAGGAACAGGCGAGGCAAUUGUUUGGGAAACAGAGACACAGGUCUGUCCGUCCCCCUCUUCCCAAUGGGGUCAGCCCAUCACCGAAGAAAAAUUUCAGGAAUGCUGUAGUUGGUCUCCAAAAGGGCCUGUUGUUGUUUUUUAUAGACAAGAGUUAUUUUUUUAAUGAACCUCACUCCCGCCAACGCGAGAUGCCAAGUACUUUUUCAGUCGUGCUUUGAACAUUCUUGCUGAGACGGGAGAGUCAUCCGAUCUCCUUUUCCUCCUUGUUUUGCCUGGAAAAAGGAGGGCAGCCUCUACAAAUACGGUACUCUUUUUCUCUCGGUUUCUGGCUGAGGGCUGGCAAACCCUCUGCGAUUCUUCCCUCUCAAGCUCUUCCAAAACGGCAGCCGAAUGUUUCCCCCCGAGGUUUCGCGAUGGAAAUAGCAGAGGCGCAAGACGGGUCCGUGCCAUGCGCUGUGGCAGGAGAGCAGGAAUUUAAAAGCUUGAAGGGGGUCCUCCAUCCUGGGGGGUCAUCCAGUCUGACCCACUGCAAUAUCAGCUAAAUAAUCUGCAGCAAAACCAGCUGAUGUCUCGGGCGACUGGCGGGGACCUGGACUAAAGGUUUGGGCCUGAUUCUUACCGCAGGCCAGAGAUUUCUGCCCCCCUCUUCUCUGCAUACAUGAUACUCCCCCCCCCCCGGUGGGGUAGUUUGGCCGGUGCCAGAUUUACAUAUAAGCUAAACAAGCAUCUUAAGAAGCAGAGACAUCACCUUGCCAACAAAGGUCCGUAUAGUUCAAGCUAUGGUUUUCCCGGUAGUGAUGUAUGGAAGUGAGAGCUGGACCAUCAAGAAGGCUGAUCGCCGAAGAAUGGAUGCUUUUGAAUUCUGGUGCUGGAGGAGACUCUUGAGAGUCCCAUGGACUGCAAGAAGAUCAAACCGAUCCAUUCGGAAGGGAAUCAGCCCUGAGUGCUCACUGAAAGGACAGAUCCUGAAGCUGAGGCUCCAAGACUUUGGCCACCUCAGGAGAAGAGAAGACUCCCUGGAAAAGACCCUGAUGCUGGGAAAGAUGGAGGGCGCAAGGAGAAGGGGACGACGGAGGACGAGAUGGUGGGACAGUGUUCUCGAAGCUACCAGCAUGAGUUUGACCAAACUGGGGGAGGCAGUGGAACUAUACGGACCUUUGUUGGCAAGGUGAUGUCUCUGCUUUUUAGCAUAUCUCUUUUUUUGUGCGGAAGUGGGUUCUAAUCCUGCGUCUUCCGCCCCCACAGAGCCCCAUUGGAGCAGUUGGGGGGCCUGGAGCCCCUGCUCAAAGACCUGCGGCGGCGGAGGGAAGAGGGUCCGUCGGCGGAGCUGCCCAAAGUCCAAGCUCAUCCGCUGCCCCGGCCGUCCCUCGGAGGUGCAGAAAUGUUCGCUGUCACCCUGUCCAGGUACCAAACCUCUCUCUCUGCUCCUCUGGCAAAGUUUCUCUGCACCUGGUCAGGUAUCCCCAUCCUAGCACCUGCCCUUAUCCUCUCCCUCUGCUUUUUCCUUCCUCCCUCCCUUCCUCCCUUCCACCCACCCAUCAUCCCCCCUCCGUUUCUUCUACCAUCACUUACCCACCUACCUAAUUACAUUACAUACACCAUCGCUUCCUUCAGAUCUUUGGUGACUGGCCUCCUUCCAUCCACCAUCGCUUACUUACUUCUGCCAUCACUGGCCUCCUUCUGUCCAUCACUUCCCUCCCUCCUUCCUUCCAUCCAUCCAUCGCUUAUUUACUUACUUUUGCCAUCACUUGCCUCCUCCCAUCACUUAUUUUCUUUCUUUCUUUCUUUCUUUCUUUCUUUCUUUCUUUCUUUCUUUCUCUUUCUUUCUUUCUUUCUUCUGCCAUCACUUCCCUCCCUCCGUCUAUCCGUCACUUAUUUACUUACUUUUGCCAUCACUUGCCUCCUUCCAUUACUCUUUUUCUUUUUCUUUUCUUUUCUUUUCUUUUCUUUUCUUUUCUUUUCUUUCCUUCUUUCUUUCUUUCCUUCCUUCCUUCUUUCUUUCUUUCUUUCUUUCUUUCUUUCUUUCUUUCUUUCUUUCUUUCUUUCUUUCUUUCUUUCUUUUUCUUUCUUUCUUCUGCCAUCACUUCCCUCCUUCCAUCCAUCGCUUAUUUACUUACUUUUGCCAUCACUUACCUCCUUCCAUUACUUAUUUUCUAUCUUUAUUUCUUCUGACAUCACUUGCUCUCACCGGUGGCCAAAUCUGAUGUCCCCAAAGCACGACAUUGCCCUCCCGCUGCAAGCGAAUGAGGCGAUGACAAGGCUUUCAAGUUUCCUCCUAACUCUACAAUUCUGUGGCUCUGUGUUUCCAGCUUGCCAGCUCAUCUGUGAUGUGGGCAUCCCCAGCAAGGACUGUACCAGUUGCACCUGCCCCAAUCACACCGUCCUGGGCACCGUACGGAGCGCGAAGGGAGUGGCCCUCACCGGCGCCCAGAUCUUUCUCCAGGACCGGCCCCUGGCCCUGCUGGCCAAGAGCAACCGGCGUGGCCAAUUCACCGUCCGAGGCAUCUGUGCCGGGAGCGGGGUCAACGUCAGCGCAAAACUCGAGCGGUUUGCCCAAGGCAGCGCCCCGGCAAUCGCCAACAGCUCCCGGACAUCAGCGGUGGACCUAGUGCUCCAUCGACUAGGUAACAGGGCGGACUCCAAUUCUUUAGCUGCAUUGAGAUAAUCAUCAUUCUUUCUUACGGUCCAGAGACCCAACAAAUUGUUGCAAAGCAAUGCACAAUUCAGACAGCCUCCCUCCAGGUUAGGGGCGCGGGUGGUGCUGUGGGUUAAACCACAGAGCCUAGGACUUGCCGAUCAGAAGGUUGGCGGUUCGAAUCCCCAUGAUGGGGUGAGCUCCCGUUGCUCGGUCCCAGCUCCUGCCAGCCUAGCAGUUCGAAAGCACGUCCAAGUGCAAGUAGAUCAAUAGGUACCGCUCCGGCGGGAAGGUAAACGGCGUUUCCGUGCGCUGCUCUGGUUCGCCAGAAGCGGCUUAGUCAUGCUGGCCACACAACCCGGAAGCUGGACGCUGGCUCCCUCGGCCAAUAAAGCGAGAUGAGCGCCGCAACCCCAGAGUUGGCCACGACUGGACCUAAUGGUCAGGGGUCCCUUUACCUUUACCUUACCUCCAGGGUAAACAAGCAUUUUGUUCAAAAGAUAGGGAUCAUUGGUUCUUGCAACCACUGAUAAAAUCCUCACCACUGCUAAUGUUCUAGCGUUUGUCCGGUCUUCCAAUAGGAACCUGACAUAGUGAGCCUCUGAUUUUCCCAGGCAAGGAACCAGCAAGGGUAAUAUCAGUUCAGCCCUGGCUUGCUCGUAUUUUGCACAGUGCAACAAAAUAUGUUUUAUGGAAUUGAUGUCUUGAGCACACGAGCAAAGUCUGUCCUGGUAGGGAACUCCUCUCAACACUGCGGAAGGAAAGACGUUUAGUCUGGCUUUGGUGAAAAGCCUUCGAUAGUUUGGUACUGUCAGGUUUUUAAUGUAAGGUGUUAACUUAAAGACAUGCCCAUAUUGUACCCCUACUGCCAGCGGACUACAGACUGCGUGUGAUUGAGAUCGCAAGUCACUUUGUGCAUUAUCCCAUAAUCUUUGCUCUAACGUCUUUAGGGAGCCUUCAUAACCCAAGUAAUACAGUUGGUAAUAAUAAUAAUAAUAAUUAUUUAUUUAUACCCCACCUAUCUGGUUUCCCCAGCUGCUCUGGGUGGCUCCCAACAGAAUACUAAAAAACACAAUAAAACACCAAACAUUAAAAGCUUCCCCAAAGAGGGCUGCCUUCAGGUGUCUUCCAAAAGUCAGAUAGUUGCUUAUUUCCUUGACAUCUGGUGGAAGGGCGUUCCACAGGGUGGGCACCACCACCGAGAAGGCCCUCUGCCUGCUUCCCUGUAACCUCACUUCUCGCAGCGAGGGAACCGCCAGAAGGCCCUCGGAGCUGGACCUCAGUGUCUGGGCAGGACGAUGGGGGUGGAGACGCUCCUUCAGGUCUACUGGGCCAUUUAGGGCUUUCAAGGUCAGCACUAACACUUUGAAUUGUGCUCAGAAACAUACUGGGAGCCAAUGUAGGUCUUUCAGGACCGGUGUUAUGUGGUCUCGGCGGCCGCUCCCAGUCCCCAGUCUGGCUGCCGCAUUCUGGAUUAGUUGUAGCUUCUGGGUCACCUUCAAAGGAGCGCCUUUUUAAAAAGACAGGGCAUUUAUUUAUUUAUUCAUCCUGAUUUUAUACUACCUCUCCCCCGCCCCCGGUCCACUCCCUGCAGAAAAACCUUACAUGGUGUCCCAUCCAGAAGAGAAAGUGAGGACAGUUGGACAAAGCGUACGGUUUUGCUGCAGAGCGGAGGGUAUUCCGGAGCCAGUGAAGUAUUACUGGUGAGUGACGGGGAUCGGGGCCCGUUGCUGGGGAAGGAGGAGGAGGAGGGUCUCCUUUCAAAAAUGCGCACACACUCUCUCUCUAAUAUCAAACAAUUUAUACACCGCUUAGCUCCAAUAGCCUCUGCGCUGCUUACAAAGAUUGUUAUUAUUAUUUGUUGUUUAUUCGUGUCUGCCUCUUCGUGACCCCCUGGACCAGAGCACGCCAGGCACUCCUGUCUUCCACUGCCUCCCACAGUUUGGUCAAACUCAUGCUGGUAGCUUCGAGAACACUGUCCCACCAUCUCGUCCUCUGUCUCCCCUUCUCCUUGGGCCCUCCAUCUUUCCCAGCAUCAGGGUCUUUUCCAGGGAGUCUUCUCUUCUCAUGAGGUGGCCAAAGUCUUGGAGCCUCAGCUUCAGGAUCUGUCCUUCCAGUGAGCGCUCAGGGCUGAUUUCAUUGCACAAAAAGAGAUGAAUCGAGUUAAAACGAUGAAAUCAAGCAUCAAUUAAAGUUCCUGCUGAAAUAAUUAAAAAAAGGUCUUCAGGCAGAAGUUCAACAGGGCGAGGGGGCCUGUUCUGAUUGGGCUGCUCUAGUGAAUGAUAAUAUAAUAAUAAUUUAUUAUUUAUGCCCCACCCCUCUGACUGGGUUUCCCCAGCCGCUCCAGGAUGCUGCUGCAGAAAUAGUAAUGCCCCGACCACGAGAUUAGACCCCAAAAUAUUAACCAAAGCCUGCCAGUGAGGUACGUAAUUCAGGUUAACUCCAGAAGCCGGAAGAAAGCCCCGCAGUGGGAUUGCUGAAACUUCCCCUCCACCCCAUUUUCACCCUUACUACGUCUGUCUUCAUUGCAUCUGUCUUCGUUGCGUCUGUCUUCGUUGCGUCUGUCUUCACUCAUCUGGGAGCGUCAGAGAGCUUCCAUGCUCACAAGAGCCGACAGCCAGCCAGAGGGAAAGGAGCUUACUGUCGGUUUGCAGCCCUGAUCGCUCAGUCGGCCUCUGACCCCUCCCCCUUCCCCGUUUCUUCUCUUCCUCCAGGUACCACAACGGGACUCUCCUGGACCGCAAAGUGCACAGAUAUGACAGCAGCUUAGUGCUGAGGGACCUGCGGCCAAAUCAGGCCGGCUCAUACCACUGCAAAGCCAGCAAUGACCUUGGUUCCGUCAAGUCCUCCGUGGCCCAGCUGGCUGUGAUAGGUGAGCUCAGAUUCCUGCUUCGAGGCAAAACUCGGGCUGGGUGAGGUUCAGGCUCGAUUCUUUGGAACCCGAAUGUCUGACGGGGCUUCCUGCAGCCAAUCAGAAGCCACGCUUUGGUUUCCAAACGUUUUGAAAGUCGAACGGACUUCCGGAACGGAUUCCAUUCAAUUUCUGAGGUAUCACUGUAUAUCGCAAUGUUUAGGUAAAGGUAAAGGGACCCCUGACCAUUAGGUCCAGUCGUGGCCGACUCUGGGGUUGCGGCGCUCAUCUCGCUUUACUGGCCGAGGGAGCCGGCGUACAGCUUCCGGGUCAUGUGGCCAGCAGGACUAAGCUGCUUCUGGCGAACCAGAACAGCGCACGGAAACGCCGUUUACCUUCCCGCCGGAGCGGUGCCUAUUGAUCUACUUGCACUUUGACGUGCCUUCAAACUGCUAGGUUGGCAGGAGCAGGGACAGAGCAACAAGAGCUCACCCCGUCAUUGCGGGGAUUUGAACCGCCGACCUUCUGAUCGGCAAGUCCUAGGCUCUGUGGUUUAACCCACAGCGCCACCCGCGUCCCUCGCGAUGUUUAACUGGUGAUACAGUGGUACCUCGGGUUACAUACGCUUCAGGUUACAGACUCUGCUAACCCAGAAAUAGUGCUUCAGGUUAAGAACUUUGCUUUAGGAUGAGAACAGAAAUCGUGCUCCGGCAGUGUGGCAGCAGCAGGAGGCCCCAUUAGCUAAAGUGGCGCUUCAGGUUAAGAACAGUUUCAGGUUAAGUACGGACCUCUGGAAUGAAUUAAAUACUUUACCUGAGGUACCACUGUACAUCACAAGCUUGAAAACCAGAUAUCACCCAGCCCUGGUCUUGAGCCACAGACCAGCUCUACCAGCUGCUAACAGAUCUCUUGUUUCGGUCUUCUCCUAUCGUUUCAGACCCAGGCGUCCCAGCCUGCACUGCCGAGCCAGAAGAAUACCUCAUCAAACUCCCUGACGAGUGUUUCCAAGAGGAGACCGGCUCCCAGUUCUACAACGUCGGCCAGUGCCCCAAUGCCCGCUGUGCCGGCAGCCUUGCCGACGGCCUGCAGUGCCGGGACGCCACACAGCAUUGCUGCGGGACGCGGCGCAUGGAAGUGCGGGAGAUCCACUGCAUUGGGUACGUCCUCCCCAUCAAGGUGGUUGCGGAGUGCGGUUGCAGCUCCUGCACCCAGCCAAAAGUACUGGUCCGUGGGAAGGCUUCGGCGGCGGACGAUGGUGAACCUCUGCGCUUCGGUGAGAUCUACCUGGGGGCCGAGAAGAUCGGCUUCACCGGUUACAAGGGCACCUUCACCAUCGAGGUUCCACCGGACACGGAGAGGCUGGUGGUGAAGUUUGUGGACCGGACGCAGAAAUUCGUCGAGGCCGUCAAGGUCUUCCCGUUUGACCAGCGCGGUGGAGCCGUCUACCAGGACGUCAAGCUGUUAAGGAGGAAGGAGCCGGUUGACUUGCAAGCCUUGGAGACCAACGUCAUCCAGCUCGGAGAAGUGGCUGGAGAGGACCCCAUUGGGGAGAUUGUCAUCCCCUCAGGAUCUUUCUUCAGGCCCGACGGGCUACCCUACAACGGGACCGUACGGGCCAGCGUUACCUUCGUGGAUCCACGGGACUUUGCCACCGUGAACGCCGCCUCCAGCGACCUGAAUUUCAUCAACGCCGAAGGUGACCUCUUCCCUCUCCGGACUUACGGCAUGUUUUCCAUGGACUUCUGGGAAGAGGGCAGCAACCAGGGAUUAGAGGCCAGGAGCGUGGAGGUCAAGAUGGACGCUGAGCUCAUUAAGAUGCCAGGGCACGUCCAGAAAAUGAAGCUCUGGUCCCUCAACCCCGUGACAGGUCUGUGGGAAGAGGAGGCCUCCUUUAAGCGGGCCGCGGCAGGGCGCCGUAAACGCGAGGAGAGGGCCUUCCUGAUUGGCAACCUGGAAAUCCGUGAAAGGCGGCUGUUCAACCUGGACGUACCAGAGAAUCGCCGCUGCUUCGUCAAGGUCCGAGCCUACAUCAACGAAAAGCUCAACCCCAACGAACAGCUGGAGGGAGUGGUGGUUACCCUGGUGAACCUCGAGCCCCGGCCUGGCUUUCCGUCCAACCCUCAGGCCUGGGGCCGCUUUGACAGCGUGGUGACAGGUCGCAAUGGUGCGUGCCUUCCUGCCUUCUGCGACGGCCAGCAGGCCGAUGCCUACACUGCCUACGUCACUGCCACGAUGGGCGGGGAGGAGCUGGAGGCCGUGGCGUCCAGCCCGAAGCUUGACCCUCGCGCCGUGGGCGUUUCUCAGCCGUACCUCAACAAGCUGGGCUACCGGCGAUCCGACCACGACGACCCAGCCCUCAAGAAGACGGCCUUCAAGAUCAACCUCGCCAAGCCCAACCAGAACAACAUUGACGAGACCAACGGUCCCAUCUACCCGUACCGGAGCCUGAGGGAUUGCGACCAGGCGCCCGUCACAGCCAACCACUUCCGCUUCUACCGGGUGGAAGUGGACAAGUAUGAGUACAACGUGGUGCCGUUCAAGGAGAGCGACUUGACAUCGUGGACCGGGGAUUACCUCUCUUGGUGGCCCAACCCUCAAGAGUUCCGGGCUUGCUACAUCAAGGUGAAGAUCAACGGGCCUCAACAAUACAUGGUCCGGUCUCGAAACGUGGGGGGCAGCCACCCCAGGACUCGGGGGCAACUUUACGGCCUGCGGGACUCUCAGAGCGUCCGGGACCUCGAGACGUAUAACACAUCAGCGGCUUGUGUCGAGUUCAAGUGCAGUGGAAUGCUGUUUGACCAGGGACUGGUUGACAGGACUUUGGUGUCCGUCAUCCCACAGGGGAGCUGCCGUCGUACGGCGGUCAACAGCUACCUGAGGGAGUACCUCGGCCGCCACCCGCCUGUCAUGGAAAACAACGACACCUCGGCCUUCGCCAUGCUGGCUCCCGUGGACCCGCUGGGGCACAACUACGGCAUCUACACCGUGACCGACCAGAACCCACGCCUGGCCAAGGAAAUCGCCAUCGGCCGCUGCUUUGACGGCACCUCGGAUGGGUUCUCGCGGGAGAUGAAAUCUGACCGGGGUACGGCGGUCACUUUCUUUUGCCAGGAACCGCCGGUGGGACGCAAGAGCUUCUUCCAGCGCCUGCUCGAAGCCCCCGCCCAGACGCUGACGGAGAUCCGGCGUGAGAUGGGGGGCAACGAACAGCUACGGGGAGCUUCUCAGGUGGUGGCAUACCCGGCGGGGUUGCGGACCGUGUUUGCAGCGCAGGCCCGUCGGACCCCCAGCCGCAGGAGGAGGGUGGGUGCUUCACAGACCAGACAGUGAGCAAGGAAGAGAACUGAUGGGUCGUCUUCACAUGAAACUGGCAUGUUCCUCAUCUCUCUCGCACUGAGUGAGGAGGUGUAUCCACGAGGAAAGCUUUGUCCCGCCUCCCUCCAGAUUGAUGCCUCAAAACCAAGGAAGAUAAACACAAUCUCCUGGCCCCACGCCUGCCGUUAAUCCCCAGUGUCGAUUCCUUAACCCAUGCCCUACCUGUGGUCUUCCCCAAGGGUGUAGUGGUAAAUUGUGAAGGGCAGGGGCUCAUCCUGCUUGGCCCCCGUAUCCCUAGUCCCAAGGAGAGUGCCAUAGUCAUGGCCGCCCCCCAGGAAUAGCCACACCCCCAAGGAGAGCCUCUAAUCGCACACGCGAGGAUAGCCACGCCCCCAAUGAAAGACACACCCCAUGGAUAGAAAGCCACACCCCCACGGAGGGUCCCAAAAUAUAGGCAGCAGGUUCAUUUCAUUACAGUGGUACCUCGGGUUAAGUACUUAAUUCGUUCUGGAGGUCCGUUCUUAACCUGAAACUGUUCUUAACCUGAAGCAGCACUUUAGUUAAUGGGGCCACUUUAGCUGCCGCUGAGCCGCCGGAACACAAUUUCUGUUCUCAUCCUGAAGCAAAGUUCUUAACCCAAGGUAAUAUUUCUGGGUUAGCGGAGUCUGUAACCUGAAGCGUAUGUAACUCGAGGUACCACUGUAUUCACACACAGUGUACAUAUAGCACGAUACAUGGUUGAUUAAGAUUGGCAUAACUGCCGCCCAAUUCGUGGUUUCCUUCGACUAAAUCGCCCCAGGCCUAAUGGCGUUGACUCCCGGCUGCCGUGGUUCAGCUUUAGCCAGCUGAAUACAAGCAAAGAAUCACCCCUAUGUAAACCGCUAACGUGAAGCAGGAACCCCAUCAAAGAAAACGGGAGACGUACCCAGCCUCUCCUCGAUUGCUUUCCUCCUCCGACUUCCCUCAAUGUUAACGUGUCGCAAACAAACUUGAAAGCCUUGUCGUCGCCUCAUUGGCUUGCAGCGAUGGGGCAAUGUUGUGCUUUGGGGACAUCAGAUUUGGCCACCAGUGAAAGCAAGAUGCCGGACGAGAUGGGUUUGAGCCUUCUGAUGUUCUUAGGCUGACCGGUAAUUUAAAACUUGGAAACCUCUGGGGAGAUCUAUAUAGUCUUGCGGCCACCCCCAACCCCUGUUUGUUUGACACAGAAUCGUAGAAUUGUAUUGCUAGGAAGGGACCCUCGAGUCCAAACCCACUACAAUUCAGGAAUGGAAGUUGAGGCCAGCUCCUUCAUGAGGACUAGAUAAUUGCUUGGAGUCAAGUCAAGGAAUCGAAUCCUGAGCAAGCCUCUCACACACACGCCACACCCCACACCCCCAGAAUUCAUUCUGAAAAACCUGGAUGUUAUAUAGACAUAUGUAUACAUAUAAAUAGGGACGCGGGUGGCGCUGUGGGUUAAACCACAGAGCCUAGGACUUGCCGAUCAGAAGGUCGGCGGUUCGAAUCCCCACGACAGAGUGAGCUCCCGUUGCUCGGUCCCUGCUCCUGCCAACCUAGCAGUUCGAAAGCACCUCAAAGUGCAAGCAGAUCAAUAGGUACUGCUCUGGCGGGAAGGUAAGCGCCAUUUCCGUGCGCUGCUCUGGUUCGCCAGAAGCGGCUUAGUCCUGCUGGCCACAUGACCCAGAAGCUGUACGCCGGCUCCCUCGGCCAGUAAAGCGAGAUGAGCGCCACAACCCCAGAGUUGGCCACGACUGGACCUAACGGUCAGGGGUCCCUUUACCUUUAUACAUAUAAAUAUCUAAUAAGUCAAUGAAUAGAAAAAAGGGGGGUCCUUUUGGAGUCUUGUUUCCGUGUUGCCAGAGGACGCACUUCUCUUCAAAUGAGGAUUCCCUGACUCCCAACCCCCUGGGAACUGGGAUCCCAGCAGUAUUUAAAAACGAAUGUCUCUUCUAGAUACAGGUACCUCGGUUCUCGGACGCCAACGAACGUUUCAGAACCCGGACACCGACAACCUUUUGUUUUCGGACGCGCCUCGGAAGUCGGAAUGGCACGUUUUCCCAUUUCUUCAAUUGAUUUUGCAGACCGCCCUUUGCGCCUCGGGUUUUCGGAAUUUUCGGAACUUGAACGGUCUUCCGGAAUGGAUGACAUUCGAGAACCAAGGUACCGCUGUAUAGGCGUUCCUCUUUUCCUGUGAGUGGUCACAGGUGAGGGCCUAUGGACCUAUGGACCAAAAUUGCGCCAGGACAAGCCCCCGUUUGACCGUCUUCCCUCGCACCCGACGCCAUCUGAGAGCUCUCUUGAGUUCCACACAUUCAAAGGCAAAACGCACAGGGCAGUCAUUCACAAACUGCCCCACCUGUGGAUCGUUGGAUAUCCUUAUUUUUUUUAAAAAAAUAACUUUUAUUAGAGUAUUAAAAAAAGAAAUACAGAGCUUAUUACCAAAUAUAUCCCCCCCC